GUCCUGGCCCCAGCAUCCUGCUUGGCCACUAAUUGCCGCCACAUAAUGCUGGGAGGCCUGGGAAAGCUUGCCGCCGAGGGCCUGGCCCACCGCACCGAGAAGGCCACUGAGGAGGCUGUUCAUGUUGUGGAGGGCGUGGUGAAGGAGGUGGUGGAGCACGCCAAGGAGGCCGGAGAGAAAGCCAUUGCUGAAGCCUUAAAGAAGGCCCAUGAGACGGGGGACAAAGUGGUGAAGGAAGUCACCGAGACAGUGACCAACACAGUCACAAAUGCUGUCACCCACGCAGCAGAAGGCCUGGGCAAACUGGGACAGUGAGCAUGCCCACCACAGGUGGACUCUUCCUAAGUCUCAAUAAAAAGCUGUGAAAUGUGUA